AUGCCGAGCUUAGGAGGUUUACUGAAGAAGCGGCGUACGAAGGAUUCGCAAGAUCUCGGGGAGGACUCCAGCGCACCCACGCAAAGCGCACCCAUGCAAACACAAUCAAACGCUUCGCCCCAGCAUACGGGCAAUAAUGCCGCUAGCAUCGACAACAUCAUAAAUCAGGAAAAUCAGGAAAACCAGGGCCAUGAGCAACCAGCUCAGAAGCAGGAGCGCGUCACAAAGGGCAAGUACUCCCAGGAGGACUUCCAGCUCCAGCGCACUCUGGGAACGGGAAGCUUCGGUCGUGUCCACCUGGUGCAGUCCAAGCACAAUCACCGCUUCUAUGCAAUGAAAGUGUUAAAAAAGGCCCAGGUGGUUAAGAUGAAGCAGAUCGAACACACAAAUGAUGAACGUCGAAUGCUGAAUCGCGUCCGUCAUCCCUUCCUGGUCACAUUGUGGGGAACGUGGCAGGAUUCACGAAACCUCUACAUGGUCAUGGACUUUGUCGAGGGUGGUGAAUUGUUCAGCCUCCUGCGAAAGUCACAGCGAUUCCCCAACCCUGUGGCCAAGUUCUAUGCUGCCGAGGUCACUCUGGCACUAGAGUAUCUGCACUCCCACCAGAUUAUUUAUCGUGAUCUGAAGCCUGAAAACCUGCUUUUGGAUCGCCAUGGUCAUUUGAAAAUUACAGAUUUUGGUUUCGCUAAAGAUGUCCCUGAUAUUACAUGGACCCUCUGUGGUACCCCAGAUUAUCUAGCACCGGAAGUUGUCUCCUCUAAAGGGUACAACAAAUCCGUCGACUGGUGGUCAUUGGGAAUCUUAAUUUUCGAAAUGCUGUGCGGGUUCACUCCUUUCUGGGACAGUGGGUCGCCAGUGAAGAUCUAUGAGAAUAUCUUACGGGGCAAGGUCAAGUACCCUCCAUACUUGCACAACGAUGCGGUCGAUCUUCUCUCCCAAUUGAUCACAUCCGACCUCACUAAGCGUCUGGGCAACUUGCACGGUGGCCCCAAUGAUGUCAAGAACCACCCAUGGUUUGCCGAGGUUACUUGGGAAAGAUUGGCUCGCAAGGAUAUCGAUGCGCCUUACAUUCCUCCUAUCCGGGGCGGACAAGGUGACGCGAGUCAAUACGACAAGUAUCCGGAGGAGACGGAGCACUAUGGCCAGGAAGGAGAUGAUACAUACGGUCACCUUUUCCCCGACUUCUAG